AUGCAGCCAUUGUGCCAGAGUUAUCAGCGUUGCAACCUCGAUUCCAUUUUUGAGUCACCAGAAGAAUUCUACAGUGAUGCCAAGGUAGUUCUUUCCAAUGGCCAAGAGGUAUCCUUCCACCGUUGCAUUCUCUCGGCAAGACUCCCCUUCUUCAAGACAACGUUAUCAAGAGCUGAGAAGAUACACCAAAACAAAACCAUGAAGCUUGAGAUUAAAGAUAUAGCCAAAGACUAUGAAGUUGGUUUUCAUUUUCUAGUGACUGUUUUCUCAUAUGUUUACAACAACAGAGUCAAGCCGCCCCCAAAAGAGAUUUCGAAAUGCCUAGACAUGAAUUGUCACCCGGCUGUGCAAUUUGUCAUGGAGGUUCUCUACCUGGCCUCCACUUUCCAAAUUCCAGAGUUAGUUACUCAAUAUCAGAGUCAGUUGUUGGAGAUGGUAGAUAAUAUUGGCAUAGAGCACAUAUUAGACAUACUUCAGCUUGCUAGCAUUUGUGGGGGUUAUUGUAAAACUCUAUUGGAUAAAUGCACCAAUCUCAUUGCUUGGUCUGAUUUAGACGUGUUUACUCUCAAGAAGUCCUUGCCAUCUUCAUAUCAUCACAUUGUCAAACAAAUAGUUGACAUUCACGAACAAGCUGGUUUGAAGAUAACUGAACCAGAAAGAAAUGUAUUGGGUAUAUAUCAAGCACUUGACACUAAAGAUAUUGAGUUAGUCAGUAUAUUUCACAAAGAGGGCCACCUUUUGAGUUCUGCAUAUGCUCUGCAUUAUGCUGUCACGUAUUGUGAAGUGAAGACCACAAUGGAUCUCUUAGAACUUGAGCUCGUUGAUGUCAACCAGAGAAAUCCAAAGGGCUGCACAGUGCUUCAAGUUGCUAUAAUGCGAAAGGAGCCAAGGUUGAUUAUGUGUUUAUUGUUAAAAGGGGCAAUUGUAUCUGAAACAAGCUCUGACGGUAGAACAGCUCUACAGAUGGCAAGGCAACUAACUAAGGAAGUUGACUACAAUCAAAUUACGGAACGUGGAAAAUCUUCUCCCAGAGGCCGAGUGUGCUUAGAAAUACUAGAACAAGCACACAAACUAGAUUCAUGGCCUAUAGAAAUUUCUCCUUCUAGUUUGGCUGCAGAUGAGUUGAAGAAAAUGUUGAUCAGUCUUGAAAACCAAGUUGCAGUGGCUCGAUCUAACUUUCCAAUGGAAGCACUAGUUGCAAUGAUGUCGUCUUCCACAUCGAAAUCAACAGCUGCAAUGAGGUCUGGUGGUAAAAAAAUCUAA